AUGUUGAUUCACGCUCUGGUCAUUGUGCUGAUUACUACAAUCGCUGUGGUCGCCUUCCGCAGACUGUACCCAAGGCCAUACCUAGGCAUUCCCUAUAACGUAGCAUCAGCAAACCGCAUUUCCGGCGACAUCCCCAACCUCAUUCCAAUUAUUCAAGAAACGAAGGAGUUUUCCCAGUCCAUUUUUACAGUAACGACGCGGAAUUUAAGGUCUCCUAUUGCUCAAUUGUUGUUUCCCGGUAUUCGUAAACCAUUAAUUAUCUUGGAGGAUCCGCGGGAGAUUGAAGAUAUCCUAGUUCGACGCAACAAGGAAUUCGACAAAGCACCAAUGGCUAUAGACCUCUUGUCUCCCAUGUUUCCCAAAGGAUCUAUAAGCCAAUAUACCACACCCGAGCUACGGUUCCAGAAGCGGGUAUGGACCGACGUCAUGAACACCGAGUUCCUACAAAAGGCAGUAGCGCCGAACAUUUACAAGGCCACUCUUGAGUUAUUAGCCCUUUGGAGGCUUAAAGGAACUACCAUUCACAAGGACCAGCCGUUUAACGUCUUAGAAGAUCUCAAGAACGCAGCCCUUGAUGCUAUCUGGGUGGCUGUCGUUGGGGACGAGCCUGGUAUAACGAGGUACGAGAUUGAAAAGGUUAAGCGCCAGCUCAGCAGCAAUCACGGCCAUAAAAGUGAUGAAAUACUCCCACGAGGUGCAUUUAUUAAGGCGGAAGUAAUUUAUGUUACAGAGGCGAUUGCUCGCAAUUCGAACACUCCUGUACCCAAGUGGGCUCAGAAACUGGAAACUUACACUUCACGUUAUCGAAAAUUUAGAUCUACCGUAACGGAUGAGAUCACCAAGGCAAUGAAGAGUGCUGUUGAUCGCUUCCAGCGCAUUGAGACUGGGGGCUUAGAUACUACCGACAUUGACACCUGCAUGAUGGAUCUUGUUCUCAGACGUCAGAUUGUCGAAGCUAAAAAAGCUGCAAGGCAACCAAGUAAUCCUGUCGAAGACCAGAACAUGUUGGACGAGAUGUUUGUUAUGCUUGUCGCAGGUCACGACUCAACCGCGAACGCUCUGGCGUGGUUUAUACGGUUCAUGGAGGCUUAUCCGUCAGUCCAAAGCCAGUUACGAUCUACUCUCGUCGACGCCUUUCCUGGUCCACAUCCACCAUCAGCUAAAGAUAUCCUAGGAACAGACAUUCCAUAUCUCGAUGGAGUUUGUGACGAGAGCAUGCGCUUGUCAGGGACGACGAAAGCUAACCUCCGGCAAGCUUUAGUAGACACUGAGAUUCUCGGUUACAAGAUACCCAAAGGGGCAGAAAUCUUCAUGAAUUAUCACAUCAACAGCUCAGGUAUCCCUAUCCAUGAACUCAAACACAGCAAAAGUAGUCAAUUUGCUAGCGCCAAGCGCGGUGAUGGCUUUGAAGGUAGGGCGGGCGUCGACCUGCAUCUUUUCGACCCAGAACGAUGGCUCGUCAAAGACGAAGACACUGGGAAGGAGAAAUAUAACGCUUACGCCUUGCCACAACUUGCGUUUGGGGGUGGUUAUCGCGGCUGCUCUGGUCGGAAGCUUGCGACAAUGGAGUUCCGUAUUAUAGUGGUGCUACUUAUCAUGAGUUUGGACUUUGUGGAGUUGCCGGAAGAGUUCAAGACUUGGCGGGCAAUCGAGAAGGUUUUCAGACAACCGGAAACCCCGUAUGCGAAGAUUCGAGUCAUUUGAAGCUAUAUCCAAUAAACAUAGCUGCACUAGAACAUGCAGAUGAGUAGGCAACAACAGGACGAAGUAGCUCGGACAAAUCCAUGGAGAACGCAUUUUCUUAAUCGGGCGACGAGAUCUGAUGCAAGAGAAUUUGGGUCAAUUCUUUAUGUUCGGUAUUGAGUCUGCUCUGUUCAUUCAGAAAUGGACAUAAAUCCCAUCUACCAUCAUCAAUCGAAGAAAUGGGUUUAGUAGUGGUGAGAUACUAUGUACCCCGCAGAGUGUGACUCAUAAGGUGUGUUACGCAAUAAUAACAUAGGUGCCGAGGAUCUACUGUGUAUGUGCUUGCUUCUCUCAUAGGUUGAGCUCGUAUCCCGCG